AUGUCGGCUGACGCUGAUGUUGACACCUGUGGAUUCUAUCUGCAUAAUCCCUUACCCGACCUUAGCAAGAAGAGAGAUGCAACAUCAUUGAAAAUAUAUUUCUAAAAGUUAAUUCAUUUUUUGCUAUUAUACUAUAAAUAAUUAAUGGAGGGGGAAUCUGGUCCUGCGAUGUACUGUGUAAGACUCCUCAGGGCGCCCUGUGUGGAUUCAGAUGAAGUGAGUCAGUGGCUGUGCAGACGCAUGAAUUUGCCCUGUGAGAGAGGUCCAGAGGGGAGGUAUGACUUUGACAGCAUGGUCAGGAAAGACAGACGGGCAUUCGCCAAGUUAAAUCCACAAGCCCAGUGGCCUGAUGAAAACGCUCAUCUGGUGCCGAUGCGUGACGAUGUGCCACUAAUAGAUCCGUGCUCUGGUCAACUGAGUGCAGGGACACAGGUGCAUCUGGAGGCAAAGAGCAGAACCCCAUUCAUCAAUAGAGUUUACACUCCGUCCGAUCUGUGGGUUCCGGCUGGAGCGAGAGACAGGCCUCAGACUCCUCCAAUCAGACCUUCAGCUGUGCAGUAUGACACAUCUGAGCACAAAAAGUGGAAUUCUAGAAAGAAAUCAGAGGCAGCGUUGAGGGCAAAACUUGGAGGUUGGACAAGUGUGAAGAGUCUUAAACCCCACUCUCAGGACAGCAGUGAAAAUGUGGAUCCAAGAUCUUCAAUUCUCUCUGAUACUAUACAGAAGGCAGCUCAACGAUACAGCUACACUUCUACAGCACAACGAAGUUAUGAGGAUGUGGACUGGGACUCAAAGUUACCCCCUCGCCACAAACCACCCACAACUUCUCUGGAGAAAAUGCCUGACCCUGUGAGUCAACGUUUCAUGCUGAAGAGAUUCCACAGCAGGCCUGAGCUAUGGCAGGCCAUUGGAUCCCACUGGAACAAACAUCAAUUGCGUGCCACAUUUAACGCAAUGAAACCCAUAAGCUUCACCAGCCCAUGCCCAAAAUCAGGCCAUAUCCCUUUAUACUGUGGCACGGUGGGCUCUGAGAACAUGGAUAGUGUGGACAACCCUAAUGAAGACUUCAUUCCUCUGACAGUCCUGCGGACUACAGUGCCUCACCACACCCCUACAAGCUACCGACCUACUAUACCUGGCUACACUGGAAAAGCCCAGUUUGAUAGACCACAGAAGUCAGCUGUUCGUUUGCCUUCUUUGCCACAUCCACCACUGACAGCAGGGAGCAGUCGUGGUGCCUGGAGCUCACCAACUUAUGGACACAAGGCACCUCUGUCAAGAAUGGUCACCACUGUCCCACCAGGAAACCCCUACCUUCAUCUUAAAUGCCCAGUACUUUGCAUGAAAUGA